AUGAGAAGUUUACAACGGGCAUUCAAUUAUCGCACGUGUCUGAAAGCAUGGGCGACAUGUGGCGACGCCUCGACCUCCACGGUCUCGAUGAGGAAGGUUUCUACACCUUUUCUCGCCCGAAACCAAGGCGAGCUGCGGUGGAUGAGCACGGUAGUGCCUCCUGGCAAGACGCUUGGCGAAGUUACUCACGUGGAUUUACUGGAAAAGGAAAACCCAGAUGACAUUGCCACCAUAUGGCGUCAAUAUCACGAGGGAAAGAGUGGUAGAGUCGGUUUGAAAGUUGAGCCCGAAGCGUAUAGGUCUCUCGAGAAGCGCUCUGGGCAGUGCCCCAUUUUCGUGAUGCCCCUUCACAAGUCCCCGGGCAGGUUUCUCUCGCUGGUGAUGCAGACCAAGUUACCAUACGUAUCUUUCACCGCCAUCGACGAUUUCCGGAAGCUCCAAGAAGCAGCGACGCCUGUCAUGGUCGCGGCGCAUUACCCAGAGUUAAUCGACUCGAAGGGGCUGGCGCUGGUUCAAGCUGCGCACGUUGAUGCCACAACAGCAGGCGCAGUUGAACAUCUUACCGGGCAAGAGGCUGUGAGGCUCGUAAGAAGUGAGCCGGAGGACAUGGGGGGAUGA